AUGACAACAUUAGAGAACACAACAACUGCUAUCGUUCAUGAAGCCAUAAAUGAAGAAUACGAGUACAUACAGUAUAACAAACAGUUACGUCUCAUUCGUUCAGUCAAAGAUGACAUGUACCAAAUGCAGAGUAUAAUGAAUGCUCUUCGUUCUACAAAGCAAGCAUAUCAUUGGUUUGAAAACCAACAGACAAAAGAACUUUUAGAAGAAUUUCCUCAUAUGAUUGCUUCCCUCGGAAAACCGGGGGAAGAGAUUCCGUACGAAAAUCGCAAGAAUUUGGCUCCUGGUUUGAUUAUUAUUGUUCAUAGACUUUUAGUAAAUGCUGUAGCAAUGUGGGCUUGGCCCCGUUAUGCUUGUUAUAUUUUCAUGAUGUUAGAUGAACUAUAUAAAGCAGAACGUGGAGAGAUGGAAAAGGAACUUCAUGCAAAAGAUGAAGUCAUUGAAUCCAAAGACAAAAGCAUACAGAAAAGAAUACCACGUUCAGUACCAAAAGGAAAGGAAAAGAGCUAUAAGUAUAUGAUAUAUACUGAAGAGUUGGAAAAUGAAGAAGAUAAAGAUAUGGUUAUGUUACAUUUAGUCAGAAGAAACAACAAGAGCUUUUAUGACUUAGCUAAGAUAUAUAAAUCUGACAGAAACUG